UCAGUGGGGGAUGUGUUAGUUAAUACUAGGUUACCAUAGGGAUACUUUACUGGGUGUGGUCCUUUCUAAUAGAGACAUUGUAAAGAUUUUGCUUAUGCACAGUUUAGUAGAUUAUCUGUGUGAAGGAUGAAUUUCAACUUCUCAGUUUAUUUUACUGAAUUUUAAACUCCGUGAUAACAUUUUCCAGCAAAAAAAAAAAAUCCUUCCUGUGUUGUCUUUCUGUAGGCAGGAUCCAGACUGUAACAAGGUCUGUUAGAUCCAUACAUUCUGGCAAAUACAAACAUGACUUGGUUGUAAAACAAGUUGUAGAAAAAUGUAUGGAAAAUCCUGUAGAAGAACUGAAUAACCUACGAGAAGGGCUGGAAUACAAAGAGUUGGCUAAGACUAGUGACCGUUACAAUAGAUGCUAUGUCAUGGAGGUUGAAGUUGAUGGGCAUACAUUUACUGGUAGAGGUCGAAAUAAGAAAAGAGCGAAGGAAAACGCUGCAAUGGCAGUACUCAGAAAUUUCUGGUGUGAUAAAACAGCUCCUGCUAAGGCAGAUAAAACUAUGUCUGUGAAAAGUGCAGCAACAGAGGUCAAAGGCAGUGUGAUAAGUACCACUAUCCCAGACUCUGAAGACACUUCAGAGAACAUCACUGGCAGUCAGGACAAGACAGAUGUGGGCAGUGAGAAAAGUACUGCUGUUCCAGACUCUGAAGACAAUGAAGAGAACAUCUCUGGCAUUCAGGACAAGACAGAUGUGGGCAGUGAGAGAAGUACUGCUGUUCCAGACUCUGAAGACACUGAAGAGAACAUCCCUGGCAGUCAGCACAAGACAGAUGUGGGCAGUGAGAGAAGUACUGCUGUUCCAGACUCUGAAGACACUGAAGAGAACAUCCCUGGCAAUCAGCACAAGACAGAUGUGGGCAGUGAGAGAAGUACUGCUGUUCCAGAAUCUGAAGAUACUGAAGAGAACAUCCAUGGCAGUCAGCACAAGACAGAUGUGGGCAGUGAGAAAAGUACAACCUUCCAAAAUGCUGAUGAUAUCAUAGCUUGUAGUCAGGUUGAGGCUGUUCCAGGCAAUAAGAGAAACACCACUGUCUUAGAUGAUGAAUGCAACAUCCCCUGCACUGAGGACAUAGCACUCAUGUACAGAGAGAAAAUAAUCAAUGAAGACGUCUCACCCUGCAGUAAGUCCAAGGCUGAUGUGGGCAGUGAGAGAAGUACUGCUGUUCCAGAAUCUGAAGACACUGAAGAGAACAUCCCUGGCAGUCAGCACAAGACAGAUGUGGGCAGUGAGAGAAGUACAACUGUCCAAAAUGCUGAAGACAUCAUAGCUUGUAGUCAUGUUGAGGCUGCUGCAGGCACUGAAAGAAACACCACUGUCUUAGAUGAUGAACGCAACAUCCCCUGCACUGAGGACGUAGCACUCAUGUACAGAGAAAAAAUAAUCAAUGAAGAUGUCGCACCCUGCAGUAAGUCCAAGGCUGAUGUGGGCAGUGAGAGAAGUACUGCUGUUCCAGAAUCUGAAGACAUUGAAGAGAACAUCCCUGGCAGUCAGCACAAGACAGAUGUGGGCAGUGAGAGAAGUACAACUGUCCAAAAUGCUGAAGACAUCAUAGCUUGUAGUCAUGUCGAGGCUGCUGCAGGCACUGAAAGAAACACCACUGUCUUAGAUGAUGAACGCAACAUCCCCUGCACUGAGGACGUAGCACUCAUGUAUAGAGAGAAAAUAAUCACUGAAGAUGUCGUACCCUGCAGUAAGUCCAAGGCUGAUGUGGGCAGUGAGAGAAGUACUGCUGUUCCAGAAUCUGAAGACAAUGAAGAGAACAUCCCUGGCAGUCAGCACAAGACAGAUGUGGGCAGUGAGAGAAGUACUGCUGUUCCAGACUCUGAAGACACUGAAGAGAACAUCCCUGGCAGUCAGCACAAGACAGAUGUGGGCAGUGAGAGAAGUACUGCUGUUCCAGAAUCUGAAGACACUAAAGAGAACAUCCCUGGCAGUCAGGAUAAGACAGAUGUGGGCAGUGAGAGAAGUACCGCUGUUCCAGACUCUGAAGACACUGAAGAGAACAUCCCUGGCAGUCAGCACAAGACAGAUGUGGGCAGUGAGAGAAGUACUGCUGUUCCAGACUCUGAAGACACUGAAGAGAACAUCCCUGGCAGUCAGGAUAAGACAGAUGUGGGCAGUGAGAGAAGUACCGCUGUUCCAGACUCUGAAGACACUGAAGAGAACAUCCCUGGCAGUCAGCACAAGACAAAUGUGGGCAGUGAGAGAAGUACCGCUGUUCCAGAAUCUGAAGACACUGAAGAGAACAUCCCUGGCAGUCAGCACAAGACAGAUGUGGGCAGUGAGAGAAGUACCGCUGUUCCAGACUCUGAAGACACUGAAGAGAACAUCCCUGGCAGUCAACACAAGACAGAUGUGGGCAGUGAGAGAAGUACUGCUGUUCCAGACUCUGAAGACACUGAAGAGAACAUCCCUGGCAGUCAGGAUAAGACAGAUGUGGGCAGUGAGAGAAGUACCGCUGUUCCAGACUCUGAAGACACUGAAGAGAACAUCCCUGGCAGUCAGCACAAGACAGAUGUGGGCAGUGAGAGAAGUACUGCUGUUCCAGACUCUGAAGACACUGAAGAGAACAUCCCUGGCAGUCAGGAUAAGACAGAUGUGGGCAGUGAGAGAAGUACCGCUGUUCCAGACUCUGAGAAUAAUGAAGAUUUCUCUUCAUGCAGUCAGAACAAGGUAGAUGUAGACUGUGAGAAAAGCAGCAAUGUCUCAAACUUUGAAUAUAAGGAAGAUCUCAUUCCUUACAGUCAGGACAAGGCAUUCGUGGGCAGUGAGAUUAAAUCCUUUAUCACAGAAACUGAAGUUUUGGUCUACCACAAACACAAGAAAGUAGAUAUAGACACUGACAGUAACACAACUGAUCAUAUGGAUAAGUCAUCUCUAUUGAAGCGCUUACGUUUUCAUUUGAAAAGCUUCCGUGUUGCUGUGAAGAAAUGUUUCUAUAAACUUUGCUGCUGUUAUUAAAAAUAAUUUAUAUUUAAAAAUACAGAACACUAUGAAAUGGCAUC